AUAUAUUUUGACUAUGGAAUGGAAUAAAAGAAAUACAACUUUGCUGAUUGAAUAUUUCAAGGAAAAAAGAGAAUUGUGGGAUUCCAAAUGCGACGAUUACAGAGAUCGCGGCAAAAAACACGACGCGUGGAUAGAUUUGGCUAAAAAAUUUGAUAUUGACAAAAGCAUAGUAGAGAGGAAAGUGAGAAAUCUGAUUGGACAGUUUCAAAGGGAAUUGCGAAAAUCGGUACCGGGAAGGGAAGCAGAUGAAAUAAAUUCGAAGUGGUUUGGUUUUCAGUUGCUACUGUUUUUAAAAGAUAAAUACAAAGAUUGUUCAUCGGACAAAUCUGGUAUUUUAGAGGAACAUAUAUCUAUUGAGCAAGAGACAGAGGCUGAUGAAGAAUAUGAUGAAAGUUUAUGUGAAAAAUACAACAAGACUUCUCUACGAAAACGACGAUUGAACAGAUCAAUAGAUUUACAAGAAUACAGUAAGAAAAGUAUAGCAAAUGAAUUCAAUAUAUCAAAUCAUCCUAUGAAAGAUAAACAAAGAAAAUUAUGUCAUGAGGACGAGGAUGACUGUGUAUUAUAUGGAAAACUCCUUGCUAUGAAGUUACGACAUUUCUCACAGAUUGAGAGGCAAAAGCUAAUGUUUGAAAUAGAUAAUUUAUUGCUGAAUCGUCGAUUAAACGAAAAUUCUUAUUCAUCAAACAAUUCAUACACUGUUUCGUCGCCUCCUGAGAUAAUAAUUACUAAGCGUUCACUAUCAGAAUGCGGCUCUUACGAUUCUUCUCCUUCUUCUCUGAUUUAAAAUUAUCAUUGUAUUAUUUUUAAGGUUAUUUAUGAUCAAAAUAUAGAGACUGCUAUAUUGAAUUUUACUUAGUUUUAAGUAAUAAUGUCUUCAAUCUUCUGUCAUGUCUUUAUAUAGUAAGAUGAUCUCAAAUGUUAAUAUAGCUCUGAAAAUUUCAGGAAUUAACGUAAGCGGAAGUAGGAUAAUAUCUUUACUUUUAUAAGUAUUCUUUGAUAUCGGUUUUCAUUGCGUAGGUAUAUCUAUAAAAUGAAUAAUACAUAUUUCUAUAAAAGUAUAAUAGUUUAAGUACGUAGGCAGCAAGUUUAAAAGUUCGUAGUGUAUAUAUCAAUAGCAUUUUGUAUAAAGAAGUUAUUAUUAUUAUCAGGUAGAAGCGAAACUAUAACUUGUACGGCCUCAUGUUUUGUUUAUUUUCUAAUGUAUUAAAUAGUAAUAUAUUCAAACUUAUAAAU